CGUAAUUCGGCUACGGAAUGUCUGUGGCUACGUACCUCACCUUGAACCCCCAAAAAGCGCCACCUCUUGGCGAGACUGCACGUCACUGCAGGCUAGAAUGCGCAGUCGACGGCGUAUUUUAAGCGAAUUUUAGCCUCAGGUGAGACCGGUAGCAACACAGCCAACCAGGUCCUGUCUUGUGUGGAAUCAGCACUGAGACUCUGAAUCCAUCAAGACAACUUCUAGAAGAUUCCUGUUAUGUGACGACACCGAAUGUAAAGGGCAUUCUAUUGUGGAAUCUCGUGUAUCAGAUCCGUUCACUGUCAGACCUCAGGAAGAUCAUCAACCAGCCAAUGUGACCAUACUCUCACAAUCCUCAGCGGACAGGUGCUCUAACACUUGUUGGAGCUAUGUCACCCGUCAAUUUAAGAGCUUCACAAGGCCAGACCCAAAAGUAGAAGGACUUUGUCAUCAAGCUUUAAGCUGAACUGUCAGGAGAGGGUGCAUGCAGGUGACAAACCAUUUGUUUGUGACGCACUAGGUAAAACCUUUUCUCCGCAAGGAAGUCUAAUGAGAGGAUGCAUACUACAUGUACUGAGAAACCAUUUGAUUGUGAGACCUGUAGUAAGCGCAUUCUACACAAAGGGAUUUAACCAGACAUGAGAGGGUGCACACUGGUGAGGAACCAUUUGGUUGUGAGACCUGUGGUGAAGCCUUUUCUACACGAAGUGUUCUAGCCAGACAUGAGAGCGUUCACACUGAACAGAAACCAUUUGUCUGUGAGAUGUGUGGUAAAGCCUUUGCUCUUCAAAGUAAUCUAACCACACAUGACAGGAUGCAUACUGGUGAGAAACCGUUUGUUUGUGAGACCUUUGGUAAAGCUUUUGUUUGUCAAAGUUCUCUAGUUCAUCAUGAGAAGGUGCACUCUGGAGAGAAACCAUUUGUUUGUGAGAUCUGUGGAAAAGCCUUUUCUCUGAGGACACAUCUUAAAAGCCAUAUCAACGUGCACACUGGUGAGAAACCAUUCAUGUGUGAGAUAUGUGGUAAAGCAUUUCCUAGACGAGGUCUUUUAAUCAUACAUGAGAGGGUGCACUCUGGAGAAAAACCAUUUGUUUGUGACAUAUGUGGAAAACCCUUUUCUUCGAAGACAAAUCUUAAAAGCCAUAUCAUGGUGCACACUGGUGAGAAACCAUUUGUUUGUGAGACCUGUGGUAUAGCCUUUUCUACACGAGGUGUUCUAACCAGACAUGAGAGGGUGCACACUGGAGAGAAACCAUUUGUUUGUGAGACAUGUGGUAAAGGCUUUUCUUUAAGGACAAAUCUUAAAAGCCAUAUCCGGGUGCACACUGGAGAGAAACCAUUUGUUUGUGAGACCUGUGGUAAAGCCUUUGCUACACGACUUACUCUAAUCAGACAUGAGAGUGUACAUACUGGAGAGAAAGAGUUUGUUUGUGAGAUCUGUGGUAAAGCCUUUUCUCGGCGGAGUAUACUUACAGAACAUGUCAAGGUUCAUACUACUGAGAAACCAUUUGUUUGUGAAACUUGUGGUAAAGCCUUUUCCAUUAGUAGAUAUCUUAAAAGCCAUAUUAACAAGGUGCACACUGGUGAGAAACCAUUUGUUUGUGAUACCUGCGGUAAAGCUUUUUAUACAGAAGGGGAUCUAAUCAGACAUGAGAGGGUUCACACUGAACAGAAACCAUUUGUCUGUGAGAUCUGUGGUAAAGCUUUUGUUUGUCAAAGUUCUCUAAUCGAUCAUGAGAAGGUGCACUCUGGAGAGAAACCAUUUGUUUGUGAGAUCUGUGGAAAAGCCUUUUCUCUCAGGACACAUCUUAAAAGCCAUAUCAUGGUGCACACUGGUGAGACACCAUUUGUUUGUGAGACCUGUGGUAAAGCCUUUUCUACACGAAGUGCUCUAACCAGACAUGAGAAGGUGCAUUCUGGAGAGAAACCAUUUGUUUGUGAGACCUGUGGUAAAGCCUUUGCUCGUCAAAGUACUCUAAUCAGACAUGAGAGGGUGCACACUGGAGAGAAACCAUUUGUUUGUGAGACUUGUGGUAAAGCCUUUUCUACACCAGGUGUUCUAACCAGACAUGAGAGGGUGCACACUGGUGAGAAACCAUUUGUUUGUGGGACCUGUGGUAAAGCCUUUUCAGCUCGAGGUUAUCUACACAAACAUGGGAGGGUUCAUACCGGAGAGAAACCAUUUUGCUUGUGAAAGACCUGCUGUUGAAGUAAUCGAAAAAGACAUGGGUGCGCACUCGGGGAAAAAAAACCUUUAAAUUAUGAGACCUAUGGUAAAGCUCUUUCACAACUAAACUCUAUCAGAAAACAUAAUGGUUUACAUUGGUGGAAACUGCUGAUAUCUGUUUGUACCUGUACUUGUAGUUGUAUGUAAUCUUUGUAAUUUAAUUGUUUUCAGUUUUUGUUUGUUUGGAUUUUUUUCUUUUUGCUUCCCAAUAGUUUAAAUGUACCCACUACAUGUAUUUUUGAUGUAAUAAAUUGUACACUCACCAUCAUUUUCCAUCAUGUUUAUACUCGUACUCACGAAAUGGAAUACAACUUAUGCAGAUUGCCGUAAAACCAUUGAAAAGCUUGAUAUCAUUUGGUGAUGAGGAUAGUUUCUUAAUAGCAGUCAUUUGAAAAGGUCCAUGCAAUUAAUUUUUUAUGAGGAAUACAUUGAGUGUACCUUUCUACUCCUCUUAAAUGUAUGAAAACUAUAUGACAUCCCUUUUUGUUUAAUUUUACUUAGAAGUGCGCUUCCUUAAACUUUUAAAAUUGUUCGUGCUUUUCUGGACAACUGAAGGCACUCUUGCAGCGAGUGAUGUCAAUGUUCAGUUUAGGGGUAUUCUUUUCAAAUUGUGGAGCCCAAAUUUAUUCAUCACAGUGACAAAGGGUUGCCAGUUGGUCACUGAUGUGUACAUACACAACAAUGAAACACAAAAGAAAAGAAAAGUUAUGACAGCUGAUAUCAGCAAUUCUAACAACUUCUUGUGAUGAAAUAGCUGUAACAUUGAUGUUCCGCCCGAAACGACAUCACGAUUUUGAUCAUGAAAUUGGCAUUACAUGUAGCAUAAAAUUAAAAAGGCAUCGAAACACCUUCAAAGUACAUGGCAAAACAAAAAUUGAAAAUAUGGUUAAAUGAAUCACAAAGGUGCAUUUUUAUGGAUAGCGUGAAAUAAUAAUACAUUGCAUAUCCCUUACAAAAAAAAUCCAUGGCCAGAGACACCAAACACAAUUCAAAACUAAAAUUUUUAUUUUAAAUUUUCAAACAAUUUCAGGAAACAGUGAAGCAUGUGUGUUUAUGUGCAUAUGAGUUUUAUUUCCGCAGUCAAAGGAUAUGUUUUGAAGAAAAUGUUCAAACUUUAAAAUAAUUUAUCAUCAGUUGUUAAAAACAAUAACAGUAGAUGAAUAAAGUAGCAUUCACAUUAAAAAUCAAUUCAAAUAACUCAAAUGUCGUUUUGUUUUUACUAAAUGUGGGGUUUUUUUCAUACAUGUAGGAGGAAUCACACAUGCAUCUGAGUUGUUUGCAACCACUGGUAUUAUCCAUUCAGUUGAACCAAUAGUAUGAUAUACUGUAUGCCAUGUAGAAUUGCACCAUCGGUGUUACCAUACACCAUUGAAAGGAACCAUUUUUGCUAUCAGUGGUAUACCAUUGAUUUGAACCAUUUGUAUGAUCUAUGUACAUAACAUUGAGUGGAACCAAUGAUUCCAUUUAAUGGUAAACCAUUCGGUGGAACCAUUGUCUUAUCAAUGGUAUACCAGUGAGUUGAACCAGUGGUAUGAUCCAUGGUAUGCCAUUGAGUGUAACCUGUGAGUGGAACCAAUGGUUUUAUCAAUGGUAUACCGUUCAGUGAAUCCAAUGGUGUUAUCAGUGGUAUAUUUGGUAAACCCAAUGGUGCACUCAUUUCUUAUGCUAAAGUUCCCCAGAUUCAAAAUGUCUUUGUUGGAAUAGGCUGGAAACCUGUACACAGUACAAUGCUGCAAUUAUGAGGUCUUGCUAUCAAUGCGUUUUAUAGUACAUGUAUUUUGGUUUCAACCUUUAUUUAAAGGCAAGUAGGAACAUUUGUAAUUACAGUGUACCCAGAAAAGUACCUACCCACUGAUAUAACGAGGAGAUUCUUGCUCAAAAUGAAGAUAGUCCUUGUACGAAUUAGGCCCACCCUGUAAAAAUAUAUCUACAAGAAAAAGUAGUUCAAGAAAGUAUGCGGCCUAUGGGCACAGUUUUUGUGUACAUUUUGUUAGCAACAGAAUCUUUUGUUACAAGACACCCAGAAAUAUAGGCAUAUGUUUUUUCCCUAAACAUUUACGUACAUUAUCCACUGAGCUGAAACUUCUACAGGAUAGUUAUUAUGCAUUCUCCGUAAGAUUUUGUGCAGUUGCUAGUUUUGCUGCUGCAAUCGGAAAAAGGCAUAAAAGCUAAAUGGCCCUACACAAGAAUCAUUUUCAAACCAAUCUGAUAUAUUUUGUAUUGAGUAGAAAAGGAGAGCAUGACGACACUAACUACAUGUAGAUUGAUGGUAAUAUGAAAAA